AUGUCCCCGUCAUCCACCGUAACCCCUCUGGCGCCGCGACGCCCCGAAUCCUAUACCAGCCCUCCAUCCCACCAUGUCGGCAACCCGCCAACGGCAUUCACAAACCCGUGGUCUUCGUACACUCAUACCGGCUUCGCCAAUGCGUUCAGAACGCGCUGGAAUACGCCGAAGAACUUCGUCCCUGUUCCGGCGGAUCGCGCCGGGCUGGUCGAAGUCCGUACACCAGAUUUCGGGGCGGGGAAGAAUGGAUUGAGGGCAACAUGGAUUGGCCAUGCGAGCUUUUUGAUCGAGACACCGACGGCUGAAGGCGCAGAGAGAGGGAUGCGGAUACUACUUGAUCCGGUCUGGAGCGAGCGUCUUCCGGACGUCGAUGCCGUCUGUAUCAGCCAUGAUCACUACGAUCAUUUGGACUACGAUACGCUAAGGAAGGUCAAUGCGAAACAGAAUGGGAAUCUGAGGUUCUUCUGUGCGCUUGGAGUUAAGGCAGUCUUGACAGGACUGGGCGCCGGAAUAAAGGCUGAGCAGGUCACAGAGCUGGAUUGGUGGGAUACUUUACGACUAGAAAAGGACGAUGCCGGAAGGGUAGACCUGGUCUGCACUCCUGCACAGCAUCGAAGCGGGAGAGUGCCGUGGAACUUCCAGGGCACGCUUUGGUGUAGUUGGGUCCUCCAAGAGGCAUCCGAAGGUGGGAAGAAGCUAUUCUUCGCAGGAGACACGGGAUACUGCCACGUUCCCUCGGACGACCAACCUUCCCACUACAAUGCGCCCAAUCCACCAUGCCCAGCUUUCAAGCAGAUCGGAGACACGCACGGGCCGUUUGACCUUGCUCUGCUGCCCAUUGGCUGCUUUCGGCCUCGCUCUAUCCUUUCGGCACAGCACGCUUCGCCGGAUGAUUCCGUCGCCAUCCACAAAGAUGUGAAGAGCAAAAAGAGCAUUGGGAUGCACUACGGGACGAUUAGAGGGGGCUUUAGUGCAAGCUUCGAACCUGUUACUGAGCCUCCAGAGCGAUGGAAGAAGGUUGCUGAAGCUGAAGGGUUGCGCUGGGGUGAAGAGGUUGGAUUAUGCGAUAUUGGAGAGACGAUAGUGGUUUGAACGAAGGAAGGUCUCCAACUGAAUACCAAUACCCCCUCACUUCCGUCACCCCACCUUCAUGUCCUGCGCGAAGAGAGCGAUCUGUAAUGACUGUCUUAGCAGCAGAACCUAGCCCCAGAACCAGCGCAAUUCCUUCCAGUCAAUUUCCCAGACCCCCAUGCCCAUUGGCAUCACAACCGAAUCCGUAAAGCACCAAGAGAAAACGAACUCCAAAACCGUUAGAAAGCACAACCACUCUCG